ACCCUAGUAUGCUGCCUCCGGUGAUCGCAAUGGUACUGUACGCAGACCACAGACAGAGCAAAGGAAGUGACCUCUUCGGAAGAUCGGUGCGGUCAAGUCUGCAGAUCUGGCUCAUUUUUUGGCACGACUGAAGGCUCCUAUCUUUUCUCGGCUCACGACGUCGCCAUCAUCGCGCCACCCUCUGUUCACUUGUCGCGAAAUCCAACAUGCCACAGCUAGUAGGAUGGAGCCGAGAGGAGUUCAACGAAGAGGCCCAGCGGCUGGUCUCUGCGCUAAAAGGCUUGCAGAAGUCAAGCUCAGCCUCUCAAGAAUUCCUAAGUGAUUGGCUGUUGGAGGCGGAUGGCAAUGCUGGACAUGGUGGUGGCUUCUUUCUGAAGCAUCCAUCCGUGACACGAAUUGUGCGUGUGGACCAUCAGGAGACCACAGAAACAGAAGAAGAACAUCACCACGAAGAAGAAGAGGACGCCUUUUGCGAUGACACGAUACUACAAGAUGAUUCAGAAGUCAUGGCAGACCCAAUCGCUGUUGAUACAAGUAAUGAUGGUAACAAAUCCAUUCACCAUUCCGAUCAUUCUUCGUCCUCAUUUGUAUGUGAGACACGGUGGCAUUUCAGCAUUGUCUACAGCAACACAUGGAAAGCUCCAAUUUUCUACUUUACAGUGGAAAACAUGAAUGACAAUUCUAGUCCAUGCCCUCGAUCGGACGUCCUCCAAAUCCUAAUGACAUUCAGCCACUACAACCGUGUGGAGGAUGCCUGGGAGUUUUUGUCUCAUGAAGAGCACCCCAUUUCUCGGAUUCCAUCCUUUUUCCUCCAUCCCUGUCAGACUUUGGAGCGGUUGCAGACACUACUAAAAAUGCAAUCUACUAUGAAUGGUACAGAGAAUGGUGCUGACUGCUCCAACUGCCGCCUGUUGAGUUGGUUGUCCAUGAUUUUACCCAGUGUUGGAUACUCAUUUCCAUCCAAGCUCUUUCAGGAACUGCAAGAGCAACUCAGCCUGCCAUCUUUAGAAGGAGCAACCACAAGUGGAUCCGAGGUGGAUCCGAGCUAGCUGCGUAGAGAUUUAUUUUGCCCUAGCUAAACUAAGGACUAUUUUAGAGAAUGGUUUUCUGAAU